GUUCAAGUUCAACUACAAGCUGGCAGCUGUACUAGAUGAUAUCACACCACUCAAAGCAAAAGGGGUUUUGUACUAAAGGCCCUGACACAAAUCGCAAAGUCGACAUCGUAAAACGGUUACGUCCUCGGUUUUCAUCGACCAAAAACGCAGCAAAGUGGACUCCCAUUAUUUUCAAAUGUGUGUAGAACUACUAAAGGUCGCAGUGAAUCAUCUACUGCCAAAGGCACCUUCUGCGCACAGCAUCACCAAGUCUUCCGAGUAGGUGGAUUGUUUUUUCGGGACAUCAGUCGUAGUAGUUGUCCGAAAAAAAACAAUUUUGCGCAAAUAGGAAAACUCCGACUUUCAGAAACCUCAAGAUUAAGUCUUCCUCCACGCCUUUUGGAUCCUGCAACCGGAAGCCACGUCUUUGACCGCAGACCCGUAGAGAAAUUUAAAACCACUGACCACGAAAUGCCGGACUCGCCGUCUCGUGACCUGAACCUGACGCCGCUGUUGCGUGGGGGAGUGAAAAAAACCUUCGCUCCCGCGUUUCAGCCGGCUUCGACGCAAGGAGAGACGCGCGCGCCGGCCAAGGCUGCGGCCGUAUCAAAUGUAAAAGUGUCUGGGUCUGGAAGAUUGCCAGGCUUGUCAUGCACAUUUUGCAUGACUCCUGAUGUCUGUGAUGCAUGCCCUAGCAUCACAGAUUUUGUGAGGGCUUCCUGAUGCCUAUACCGCAUGACAAAUGCUCUUUCUGUGUAGGAAAACUUGGCUCUCUUUGCUGCUCAUGCAAUACAGAUUUUUUUAGAAUCCAAAAUUUGCAUGACAAGUUGGAUUCUUCCAGACCCAGACAUUUUUACAUUUGAUAGGCCGCGGCACCGGAGUAUCUGCGGUCCAAGCCCGAACUGUACCUCGGUCGAGACGAGGUCCCGGCUCUCCGGGAAUCCCUGAAGAAGGAGAUCGCAGAGGAGCUGGAAGGCAAACUGAAGAUCUUCACCCAGGAGGAGGUGAAGAAAGAGGUGACGACGGCGGUGGCCGUAUCCUGUGUAAAAACGUCCCCACCCCAGAGUUGUGAUGCAGAAUUGCGACUACAGGAAGAUUUGUAAUGCGCAUCUCCAUGAGAGGCAUUGCCAGUCGUGCUUUGGAAUUUGUAAUGCUGCAAACAGGAUAAGCAGAUGGAUUUGUGAUGCCGUUGUCCUUACUAACAUGCACCACACUACGGACUGCCACUUGUCAUGCGUGGCUCCCAAAAGUUCUGGAUUUGUGUUGCUAAGUUCCCAACUUGACUAUGGGGUGGGGGCGUUUUUACAUAUGAUAGGCCGCUUUGAAGGAAGAGCUUUCGUGCGCGUUCGAGAAGGAGUUGGGGGCGAAGGCGAUGUAUCAACUGCAAAAAUGUCUGGGGCUGCAAGAUUGCCAGGUUUGUCAUGCAUAUUUUGCAUGACCUAUGAAAUGAUGUCUGUGAUGCAUGCCCUAGCGUUGCAUAUUUUUAGAGGACUUUGCGAUGCCUCUACCAGCACAUGAGGAAUGCCCUCUCUGCAUAGCACAAACUGGAGAGCUCUUGCUGGUCAUGCAAUACACCUUUUUUUAGAAUCCAGAGACAGCAUUACAAUCUUCCAGACCAAGACAUUCUUGCAAUCCAUACGAUGGCGCUGAGGGCGGAAUCAGCUACGAAGUCCCAGAAUGCGAAGAUGGCGGUGGAGCGGCAGAUCGCGGCUCUGCACAAGGACCUGGAGAAGCGGAUGAGCGCCAUCGUGCGGGUAUCAUAUGUAAAAGCAUCCCCACACCAUAGUCAAGAUGGGAAGUCUGCAACACAAAUCUCCAAGUUUUGGGAGUUCUGCAUGACAAAUUUGGCCUCAUAGUGUGAUCCUGUUUAGCUAGUUGAGCAGCAUCACAGAUCCAGCGCAGCAUGCCGAUUGGAGCAUGACAAAUUUCGAAACACGACGACAAAAUGCAUUUGCAUGACAACUCUGGGGUGGGGACGUUUUUACUCAGGAUGGCGGGGCUUCACUGAUAAAAUCGAGGAGAUCAAGCUGAUGCAGGCCAGCGACCGGUCGGCCUUCCAGUACGAGCUGCUGCAGCAGGAAAAGAAAGUACUAUUUGUUGGUUGAAGAUGAGGUUGGAGGGCGCAUGAAAUGCAAUUUGAAUCAUCGAUCUUGCUAAGUAUGCUGUGGUAGGCAAAAAAAAAAAUCAAAUCCAGUUGGCCUUUCUGUCGAGUCGCCAGCAACGGGGCGAGGUCGGAGAUCUCGUGGGUUCCAUCGCGGCGAUGGUCGCAGAUAUCAAAUGUAAAAAUGUCUGGGUCUGGAAGAUUCUGAGACUUGUCAUGCAUGUUUUGCAUCACCCAGGAUUUCUGUAAUGCACGACCGCGCAUCACAGAUUUUGCGCUGGCUUCCUGAUGCCUACUCCGCAUGACAAACGCCCUUCCCGCGUAGCACGAACUAGACUCUGCUUGCUGGUCAUGCAAUACAGAUUUUUCUAGAGUUCAAAGCUAGCAUCUCAAGUUCCAAUCUUCCAGACCCAGACAUUUUUACAUUUGAUAGCAGACAAGACCACGCGAAACAAGAUGCUGGAGUAUCUUGUGCAAAAGGAUCGCAAAAGUUUUACAAAUUUGUGCAACCACCAUGCAGAGAUGAACAAAUAAAUCUCGUGGCUUCCAAGCAGGCAAGCACUUCUACUUGGACCAGCAUGACAUCAAACUCGUCGAGAUGCAGUACUCAUAAGUACAGUACUGAUAUUGGGAUACUUUUGCAAUGCAUAUCGAAAUCGGCUCGGUGAUCGCCGACGAGGGCGAUGUAGCCCGGGCGGACCAGAGUACCCUCGAGAAAACUGUGCGAGCGGUCAUGGCUACGAAGCACGGUUUUCGCUUGGGCUUCCGCACGCGUCUCGCCUUGCAGGGAGUGGGGUUGUGGGAGGGGUCCCAUUAGGGUCGUCCUCCUACAAUCCCACCACCCCAGAAGGCUGCUUCGGAUCGUCGUGGAAGUACUCAACGAUUCUACUGAUCGCUAGCUCGUUCAUUUUUUAGAAAAAACUCCCUGUGCUAGCAAGCAAAAACACAAUUUCAAUUAGUAUUCUACUGAAAGCACGCCGCAGCUAGUCCACGAACAAGCUCGUGGGAGUUGCCUUUGAUGAAAGAUGUUGACAACCUACACCGUCCACUUUGCGCACUAUAACCGCCCCCGCUUGUCGCGGGUUUAUGUUUAUCCCAACUAGUAUCAUCUUUGGAUAGUUAAUGUCAGGGUAAGUAAAUCUAAAUGCUUACAACCUGCACGAGAAAAAUAAAGUACAGGCAAACUGUGGCGAUCGUGCCAUUACGCGGUUUUUCACACUGAUAUAUAAGCCGCUCGUUGUCUUGCUGCAAAUCGCAGUACGCUACUAGGAACCACCUAGCUGUCUUUGAAAUCCAAGAUAGCUAUACGUUUCGGGUCGUGAAGUUGCAUCCGCGCGAUGUUCUACUUACCACCAACCGCUUGAUUUUUUUUAGCAUUGGCAUCUUAUUCUCAGUUGAGAAACACACGACUUGUAGUUUCUCAGCAAGAAAAACAGAGACUCACGUUUACUGGAAAAGGGCAUCUCUUUUGUAAUCCGCGCUCGCAUGUUUAUGUUUUUCUUCAAUAAAAGACAGAGUCCCUUCACUGGGUAACACCGUCAU